AUGGAGGAUCCAAACGAUUCACAUCCUGAAGAAAUUCCUGGAGUGAGAGAAAACCUGGAAAACAACAACACUGCUGCAGCAGCUGCAAGGAUUCAACAAUAUUUAGAAAGAGAAAAUAAUAUUCCACUAAAUAUCGCCAUCACAGGAGAAACUGGUUCUGGGAAAUCCACCUUUGUUAAUGCCCUCAGAGGGAUGUCCGAUGAUGAUGAGGGAGCUGCUCCUACUGGUGUUACAGAAAUCACCUUAGAGGUCACACCGUACCCCCAUCCAAACUAUCCCAAUGUUAAAUUAUGGGAUCUUCCUGGAAUCGGCACCACCAAGUUUCCAGCUAAGAAGUACUUGGAGCUUGUUGGAUUUGAGAAGUUUGACUUCUUCAUCAUCAUCUCAGACACUCGCUUCAGAGAAAAUGAUGUGAAACUCGCUCAGGAGAUUCAGAAGAUGAAGAAAAAGUUCUACUUUGUUCGUUCAAAGAUUGAUGACAAUUUACGCGCCGAAAGAAGAAAGAGACACUUCGUUGAAGAGGAGACUCUUACAAAAAUCAGAGACGACUGUGUUCACAGACUCAGAGGAUUAGGCAUCGGGUCUCCGCAGGUGUUCCUGGUGUCCAGCUUUGAGCUCCACCUGUACGACUUCUCUCUCUUGCAGCAGACCUUAGACAGAGACCUUCCUAAAAACAAGAGGGACACUCUGCUGUUCGUCAUGCCCAACAUCAACCCAGAGAUCAUCAUCAAGAAGAAAAAAGCUUUUCAGUCCAAAAUAAAAUACUACGCCACUCUGUCUGCAGCUGUAGCAGCUGUUCCACUUCCUGGUCUUUCUAUUGCUGUUGAUGCUGCUGUGCUGGUUGGUGCUGUCACACAUUAUGUUCAUGCGUUUGGUCUCGAUAUCCCGUCUCUGCAGAGACUUUCUGACAGAACAGGUGUGCCCUACACUGAUCUGCGUGCUGUCAUCAUUUCACCACUGGCUGCAGCAGAAAUAACUAAAGAUCUCCUCUUGAAGGUGAUAGCUCAACUUGCGGGAACAGUUGCUUUAAUUGCAGCAGAGGAAGCAACAAGGUGGAUUCCAUUUAUUGGAAUUCCAGUAGCCAUGGGUCUCUCUUUCACCACAACCUACAAAGUUCUGAAUUUGCUCCUUGAAAAGCUCGCUGAUGAUGCUCAGAGGGUGUUUGAAAGGACUUUGGUUUGA